AACUCAAAGGCGAGCAAGUUGAAAGCUGACAGUUCGGUUUGUGCUUCGCUGCCGGCAUGACGAUUAAAAAAACGGCCAGCGGACAGGCCGAGAUGACUUAUUCCAAGUCCAAAGGGCUGCUGGCCGUAGUCGGCGGUAUGGGCCUGGAUCGUAACGCGUGGAUAUUUUGGUCCCAGCGGAUUCAUUCAAGAGCUACUCUGAAUUUUCUUUCAGCUUUCAUGAAACAGAGGAGGAUGGGUUUGAACGACUUCAUUCAGAGGCUCGCCACCAACGCCUACGCCUGCAAACAUCCAGAGGUGCAGUCCAUCCUGAACCUGAGUCCUCAGCAGGAUGCUGAGCUGAUGAACACCAACCCCUCCCCUCCUCCCAGCCCAACGCAGCAGAUCAACCUGGGCCCGUCAUCCAACCCGUCGGCCAAGCCCAACGACUUCCACUUCCUCAAGGUCAUCGGCAAGGGCAGCUUCGGCAAGGUUCUGCUGGCCCGCCACCGCGCCGACGACCAGUUUUACGCCGUCAAGGUGCUGCAGAAGAAGGCCAUCCUCAAGAAGAAGGAGGAGAAGCACAUCAUGUCGGAGAGGAACGUCCUGCUGAAGAACGUCAAGCAUCCUUUCCUAGUGGGCCUCCACUACUCCUUCCAGACCGCCGACAAGCUCUACUUCGUCCUCGACUACAUCAAUGGAGGAGAGCUCUUUUACCACCUCCAACGGGAACGCUGCUUCCUGGAGCCGCGGGCGCGCUUCUACGCCGCCGAGAUCGCCAGCGCGCUGGGCUACCUGCACUCGCUCAACAUCGUCUACCGGGACCUCAAGCCCGAAAACAUCCUGCUGGACUCGCAGGGCCACAUCGUCCUCACCGACUUCGGCCUGUGCAAGGAGAAUAUCGAGCCCAACGGCACCACGUCCACUUUCUGCGGCACGCCAGAGUAUUUAGCUCCUGAGGUGCUCCACAAACAACCGUACGACCGCACGGUAGACUGGUGGUGCUUAGGGGCCGUCCUGUACGAGAUGGUUUACGGCCUGCCUCCCUUCUACAGCCGCAAUACGGCCGAGAUGUACGACAACAUCCUGAACAAACCUCUGCAGCUCAAGCCCAACAUCUCCAACGCCGCCCGCCACCUUCUCGAGGGCCUUUUGCAGAAGGACAGAACCAAGCGGCUGGGAUGCGCCGACGACUUUAUUGAAAUCAAGAACCAUGUUUUCUUCUCGCCCAUUAACUGGGACGAGCUCAACGCCAAGAAGAUCACGCCGCCCUUUAACCCAAACGUGACGGGCCCCAACGACCUGCGGCACUUCGACCCCGAGUUCACCGACGAGCCGGUGCCCAACUCCAUCGGCUGCUCGCCCGACAGCGCCCUGGUCACGGCCAGCAUCAAGGAGGCGGCCGAGGCCUUCGUGGGCUUCUCCUACGCCCCCUCCAUGGACUCCUACCUAUAGGAGCCCACGCCCUUUGCCCCCUCGUGAGGACUUCUGAUGUAACAAUUUCCCUAGACUAGCAUCUUAAGGAGGGGUGAAGGAAAAAAAAAAAAAUCUCAUGGUCACUUUGCAACUAACUGCUGUGUGUAAAUAUCCCACAAACUGAUUUGUCCCAAAAGCGUCCCCGACUGAGUCGAUAAGCACACGCUCAUCUAGUAGCAACUCAUGGCCUGGCUUUCCCUCCACAUUCCUUUUUAAUUGUUUUUUUUUUUCAAUACUGCAUUUGUUAUUCUUCCCACGGGAUGAAAAAGGGAGCAAGCUGAUUGUUACAGAGCGGACGUUUUUCCUCCGAGGUGCCUUUUUUUUUUUUUUACUUCGGUCACGGUGUCGCACUUAACACAAGAGGGCGCUGUGGCACCUUCCAAGUCCCCGUCGCGGCGACUGAUCAUUUUGCACACAGAAAUAGAAAAUGGAGAAAGAGACUUGCUGCUAUCUCGUCAUUGCGUCCCCGACACAUCGUCUUCCCUUUUUUUUUUUUUUUAACUUUAGCAUUUUUUUCACAUCCUGGAUUGUUCCUAUACUAGUACGCUCUUUUUCCUUACUAGUAAUUGCACUAGUAGAAAAACUCUUACUAGUAGCAUUGUUUUUCAUAACUAGUGCUGCUAGUCCAGAAUUAAACCUUACCAGUAAAGUACUGUGGAGCACUAGUCACACUACUAGACAGAACUAGUAGCCAUCUUGACCCUACUAGUAGCACCAAAAUGCCCUUAAUUAUUUUCCCUCAUUAGCAACGUGUAAUCCUACUAGGAUGCAUUAUUUCUCCUACUAGUUUUCAGGAACAUCAUACAGUAGCAGAAAAACAUCACUAGUGUGUUGAAUUGUAUACUAGUGAGGAUAAAGAGCGUACAAUACAUACUUACGUGUCUUUGAAAGCCAUUUUAGCUUUUAUUCGAUAUCCUUGAAUAUCAAUCUCAAUGUCCGCUCUCGUAUUUAUUAUUAUUUUUCUUCACUAAUGCCUUCCAUCAGGCACUAGAAGUGGAUAAAAACGUGAUGGAAAAUAUGUUCAAACGGCAUUCCGUAUAUUUCCCCAAGUGGACAUUCCGUCGUAAUAUUGGUCUUGAGCACUAUUUAAGUUUGUUUGUAUAUUUGGUGUACUAAGUUGUAAUGUAAAUAGACGAGAAGACUUAGUAAAGUAAAACAGUAGAUGUUGUACUGUAUGUAAUGUUCAUGUUGAAAUGUACUGUACAUUGUAAAAUUGUUUCAAGAUUUCAAGUGACUGUUGCUGGUUUGCAAUAAAACUUUUAACUUUAUUUCACUGA